AUGGGAACGGAAGGAGAACGGCGGACAAUAGAUUGUCGGUGGUUUGCUCUGCAUUUCUCUGUGCUGCUCAGCUGUUUGAAGCCUGUUUCAACGCAGUUAAAAUAUUCUAUUCCAGAGGAAGUAAAGGUGGGCUUCUCUGUCGGAGACGUCGCCAAGGACCUAGGACUGGAAAUUAAUUCGUUGGAGGAAAGACGGUUUCGUAUUGUUUCAGGAACGAAAGAUUCUCAGUUUGAAGUUAAUCAGAACAAUGGCGUUUUGUAUGUCCAUAAAAAUAUCGACAGAGAGGAGCUUUGUGAUAGCACUGUGCCAUGUUUAAUAAACCUAAAAAUGGUGGUGGAGAACCCUUUGGAAAUACAUUAUGUCGACAUAGAGAUAACCGAUGUAAAUGAUAAUUCACCCAAUUUUCAAGAGGGAGAAAAAAUAUUAGAAAUACCUGAGUCCACUCUCCCUGGCAAGCGUUUUCAGUUACCAGCUGCACGAGAUCCAGAUGUGGCCGGCAACACUGUGCGUGCCUAUAAAUUAAACCACAACGAGCAUUUCAGUAUGCAAAUUCGUGAGAGGGGAGAUGAUAAGAUACCAUUCUUAGUUUUGCAAAAGUCUCUGGAUCGAGAAAAACAGUCUGAACACAAAAUGAUUCUGACAGCAGUUGACGGUGGAAAUCCAUCGAAAUCAGGGACUCUUAAUGUCACAGUCAUCGUUCUUGAUUCAAAUGAUAACCAUCCUGUAUUUAGCCAAGAGGUGUACUCCGUAACAUUACCUGAAAAUGUCGAGGUUGGGACAGUUGUGAUAAAGGUUAAGGCAACCGACGAGGACGACGGUGUCAAUGGAGCGAUUGCAUAUUUUUUCGGUGAUGAACUUGAUCCCAAAAUGUAUGAUAUGUUUAGCUUAGAUGAAAUUUCGGGUGAAAUCCGAGUAAAAGGCCACGUUGAUUUUGAGAAGGUUGAUGUUUAUAAGUUAGAUGUACAUGCCACUGACAAGGGACAACCUCCAAUGAGUACAGAUUGCAGGGUCAUCAUUAAAGUGCUGGACGUAAAUGACAACAAACCUGAAAUAGAGGUGACAUCAUUAUCAAAUAUGAUAUCGGAAGGUUCAAAACUUGGCACUGUUGUUUCUCUAAUUAGUAUUACUGACCAUGACGCUGGCAUGAACGGAAAAGUAAUAUGCAGUCUGUCAGACAAUGUACCGUUCGAAUUACAGCCAUCAUUUCAAGAUAACAUGUAUUCCUUAGUUUUGAAAGAUCACUUGGAUCGAGAAUCAGUUUCUCAUUAUGACAUCAUAAUAACAGCUACGGACUGUGGUCAGCCUCCUCUGUCCACAUUCAAAACUCUAAGUGUUCAAGUAUCAGAUGUGAAUGAUAAUAAGCCAGAGUUCAUGCAGAAUCCAAUUGAACUUUACGUAGUUGAAAACAAUAUUCCCGGUAAAUCGAUUUUUUCAGUUAGCGCUUUUGAUAAGGAUCUGAGUGAAAAUGCAGCAAUAUCUUAUCAAAUUGUUAAAGGAGAAAGAAAUCAGGAUAAAAUUGCAUCUUUUUUGAGUAUCAAUUCAGAUAAUGGCCAGAUUUCCGCACUAAAAAGUUUUGAUUUUGAGACACUGAAAACCUUCCAGUUCCAAGUUGUCGCCACAGACUCUGGAACUCCAUCACUGAGCAGCAACGUCACAGUGAACGUGUUCAUUCUGGAUCAGAACGACAACGCUCCAGUCAUCUUGUAUCCCGUCAGCGCGAACGGUUCUGCUGAAGGUGUGGAGGAGAUUCCCCGCAAUGUGAACGCAGGCCACCUGGUGACUAAAGUGAGAGCCUAUGAUCCAGAUAUAGGUUACAACGGGUGGUUGUUGUUUUCACUGCAGGAAGUGAGUGACCACAGUCUGUUUGGUUUGGACCGCUAUACAGGACAGAUAAGAACACUUCGUUCAUUCACAGAGACAGACGAGGCUGAACAUAAGCUGGUCAUACUGGUGAAAGACAAUGGGAACGUUUCCCUGUCAGCAACAGCUACUGUGAUUGUCAAGGCUGUGGAGCCCAAAGAGGCUUUUGCAGCUUCAGAUGUCAAAAGUGCAGCAAAUGUUGAAGAAGAGAGUAAUGUGACAUUUUAUCUUAUAAUAACUUUGAGCUCAGUUUCAACACUGUUUCUCAUCAGCAUCAUUGCUCUGAUUGUAAUGCAGUGCUCCAAACCCACAGGCUGUUCCUCCAAGUAUUUACAAGACACACACUAUGACGGGACUUUAUGCCACAGCAUUCAGUACAGAUCUGGGGACAAACGGUACAUGUUAGUUGGACCCAGAAUGAGUAUAGGAUCUACUGUAGUUCCGGGCAGCAAUGGAAAUACUCUAUUGGUCGCCGACAGGAGACAGACAUCUGAAGAGUUCCAAGUUGUCGCCACAGACUCUGGAACUCCAUCACUGAGCAGCAACGUCACAGUGAACGUGUUCAUUCUGGAUCAGAACGACAACGCUCCAGUCAUCUUGUAUCCGGUCAGCGCGAACGGUUCUGCUGAAGGUGUGGAGGAGAUUCCUCGCAAUGUGAACCCAGGCCACCUGGUGACUAAAGUGAGAGCCUAUGAUCCAGAUAUAGGAUAUAACGGCUGGUUGUUGUUUUCACUGCAGGAAGUGAGUGACCACAGUCUGUUUGGUUUGGACCGCUAUACAGGACAGAUAAGAACACUUCGCUCAUUCACAGAGACAGACGAGGCUGAGCAUAAACUGGUCAUACUGGUGAAAGACAAUGGGAACGUUUCCCUGUCAGCAACAGCCACUGUGAUUGUCAAGGCUGUGGAGCCCAAAGAGGCUUUUGCAGCUGCUGAUGUUAAAAGUGCAGCAAAAGACGAUGAAGAGAACAAUUGUUCCAAACCUGCAGACUAUUCCUCCAAGUACUUACAAGACACGAACUAUGACGGGACGCUGUGCCACAGCAUCCAGUAUCGAUCUGGAGACAAACGAGACGUGCGUCUGGAGAGGUAA